GUUUAUAUCCCUCCUCCCCUGCUCUAAAUUUUAGAGCUUCUCUCGUACUCUUUCUCUCUCUAACUCGCCGUCUCUCUCUAAUUAUCUCCGUCUACGUUCGUUAAUUUUGUUUACUUUCUCUCUCUACAAUUGAGAUCUCCAGACCGAUUUAGGUAGGAGUAAGGUGUUUGUUUGAGAGAUGGCAACAUCCAAAGGUGGGGCCACUGGAUGGUACAGUGCAGUUGUGAAAGCUGUUCCGUCAGGGGAUAGCUUGGUGUUAGCAGCUAAGUCCAGUAAUAAACCUGGACCUCCUCCGGAAAGGACUCUUACUGUUUCUUCUAUUAUGGCUCCUAAACUGGCCCGCAGAAAUGGCACCGAUGAGCCUUUCGCUUGGGAAAGUAGAGAGUUUUUGAGGAAGCUCUGCAUUGGGAAGGAAGUUGUAUUCAAGAUAGAUUAUACUGUUCCUUCUAUUGGCCGAGAAUUUGGCAGUGUGUUCCUUGAUGGCAAAAAUGUUGCAACGCUAAUUCUUACAGAAGGCUGGGCGAAGGUGAGGGAGCAGGGCCAGCAGAAAGGCGAGGCCAGUCCUUUUCUAGCUGAGUAUCAAGUCAUUGAAGAACAAGCUAAGCAAAAGGGUGCUGGAAUGUGGAGUAAGGUACCUGGGGCUCCGGAGGCAGCCAUCAGAAAUCUACCUCCUUCUGCCAUUGGUAAUCCUGGCAACUUGGACGCCAUGGGUCUGCUAGCUGCGAAUAAGGGCAAACCCAUGCAGGGUAUUGUUGAACAGGUUCGUGAUGGAAGCACUGUUCGUGUCUAUUUGCUUCCAGAUUUUCAGUUCGUCCAGGUGUUUGUUGCAGGAACCCAGUCCCCAUCAAUGGGUAAAAGGGCUGCACCAGAAGCUGUUGCAGAAAAAGCACAAAACUCUGGUGAGCAGAAUGGAGCUGUUUCUGAACCUCGGGCCCCUCUAACUUCUGCACAGAGGCUUUCAGUCUCCGCUUCAGUUGAAGUUGCUCCUGAUCCCUUUGCUGUAGAGGCCAAAUAUUUUACCGAGCAACGUGUAUUAAAUAGAGAUGUCCGCAUUGUCCUGGAAGGAGUUGACAAAUUCAGCAACUUGAUUGGAUCAAUAUAUUAUUCAGAUGGAGAAGCAGCAAAAGAUCUAUCUUUGGAGCUCGUUGAAAAUGGUCUAGCUAAAUAUGUGGAAUGGAGUGCGAACAUGAUGGAAGAUAAUGCUAAGCGGCAGCUGAAAACUGCAGAACUUCAAGCUAAAAAAGAUCGCUUGAGGAUCUGGACAGCUUAUGUCCCCCCUCCCACAAAUUCGAAAGCUAUUCAUGACCAAAACUUUACAGGAAAGGUUGUGGAGGUUGUAAGUGGCGAUUGCGUCAUUGUGGCUGAUGAUUCUGUCCCAUUUGGAAAUCCAUUAGCAGAAAGACGAGUCAAUCUUUCAAGUAUUAGGUGCCCGAAGAUGGGUAAUCCUCGUAGGGAUGAAAAACCAGAGAGCUAUGCCAGGGAAGCUAAAGAGCUUCUAAGAACUCGCCUUAUUGGACAACCAGUGAAUGUGCAAAUGGAAUAUUCUAGGAAGGUGGGAGAUGGGCCUACUGGUACCGGGUCUGGGGAAUCAAGAGUAAUGGAUUUUGGGUCAGUUUUCCUGCUGUCCUCAACAAAGGUUGGUGAAGUGCCAACACCUGCUAAUGGGCAGCAAGAUGGGGUCAAUAUUGCCGAGUUGGUGGUUUCACGUGGCUUCGGAACUGUGAUUCGGCAUAGAGACUUUGAGGAAAGAUCAAACUAUUAUGAUGCCCUUCUUGCGGCUGAAUCGCGUGCUCUCACUGCCAGAAGAGGAAUUCAUUCUGGAAAGGAAUCUGCGGUUACACAUAUAAAGGACCUUACCAUGGUACCGGCCAAGAAAGCAAAAGAUUUCUUGCCAUUCCUACAUCGAAGUAGGAAAAUUCCUGCUGUUGUAGAAUAUGUGCUUAGUGGCCACCGUUUUAAAGUUUUGAUUCCGAAGGAAACAUGCAGUGUUGCCUUUGCUUUUUCGGGCGUUAGGUGCCCUGGUCGUGAUGAACCAUAUUCAGAAGAAGCAAUCUCACUAAUGAGACGGAGGAUUAUGCAGAGAGAUGUUGAGAUUGAAGUAGAAACUGUUGAUCGAACUGGGACAUUCUUGGGCUCCUUAUGGGAGUCUAGGACUAACAUGGGGAUGGUUCUUCUUGAACAUGGCCUUGCAAAGUUGCAAACUUCCUUUGGCAUGGACAGGAUACCUGAAGCUCAUCUUCUUGAACAGGCAGAGCAGUCUGCCAAAAAGAAGAAACUGAAAAUUUGGGAGAAUUAUGUUGAAGGGGAGGAAGUCUCUAAUGGUCCAGCUGUUGAAAGCAAACAGAAGGAAGUGUUAAAGGUGGUGGUUACAGAAGUCCUGGGUGGUGGUAAAUUUUAUGUCCAAACUGAAGGAGAUCAAAGAGUUGCCUCUAUUCAACAACAACUUGCAUCUCUGAGUCUUCAAGAACCUCCUGUGAUUGGUGCCUUUAAUCCUAAGAAGGGCGACAUUGUACUUGCCCAGUUCAGUGCAGAUAAUUCCUGGAAUCGAGCGAUGAUUGUGAAUGCACCUCGUGGAGCUGUGGAAUCCUUGAAAGAUAAGUUCGAAGUGUUUUACAUUGAUUACGGAAAUCAGGAAGAGGUUUUGUACAGUCAAUUACGGCCUCUUGAUUCGUCAGUUUCCCUAGCACCUGGUCUUGCUCAGCUGUGCAGUCUUGCAUAUCUUAAGGUUCCAAGCUUGGAAGAGGACUGUGGUCCAGAAGCAGCUGAAUUUUUAAGUUCUCAAACAUUAAACAGUUCAAAAGAGCUUAGGGCAAAGAUCGAGGAGAGAGAUACCUCUGCUGGAAAAGUCAAGGGACAGGGGACUGGACCAAUUCUUGUUGUAACUUUGGUUGGUGCGGACUCUGAAAUUAGCAUAAAUGCUGCCUUGUUGCAGGAAGGGCUUGCUAGGUUAGAGAAAAGGAAGAAAUGGGACUCCAAGGAUCGACAAGCGUCCUUUGGUAUUUUGGAGAAGUACCAGGAUGAAGCACGCUCUGCCAGGCGUGGGAUGUGGGAGUAUGGAGAUAUCGAAUCAGAUGAUGAAGACGUAGCUCCCGCUAGAAAGGCUGGUGGUCGCCGAUGAUCAUAGCCUUUUUACUAGAACGACCGCGGAGAAAAGAGGAAAAAAAGAAAAGGUGAGUGGUCUAAAAUGAGUUUAAGUUAUAGGCAACGUCUCCAAAUUUAGGUUGAGAGAGGAAUCAAAUGUUGCAGCGUAAACUGAAAGUUUUGUUUUACUUUUCCUUUUUUUCUUUCUUAUAACCUCCUUUGUAGGUGAGCAACCCAUUUUUUUUUUAUGUUACACAAGUCUUAAUAAGGUAAGCCAAAUUUAGUUGGUCAUGUGGAAACAGUAUAAACAAAUUUUGUUGUUAAUUAAAGUUUAUAGUGUGUUGGAACUCA